AUGAGCUCAUCUGAGGAGAAUCAAUUCAUUGGAAACGCUGGAACAUUGAAGAAUAACAAAGAAGAACUUCGUCUCCACUUGUCAAGCGAGAGUGAAGAUUCUUUCAACAACCGAAACGUCAUCCGUCGUGCCAAACUAAUGAACAGCUCACACUUCGUAUGCAUCGUCAUGACAGCCACUCUUCUCGUCACUGUCUGCGGAAUCGUCCUUCUUGUACAAAUCAUUGAACGCUCUCGUCAAUAA